GAGGCUUGAGAGCCAGAUAACUUUUUCCAGACGUGACUAGCUAGCCAACUGGCUACUUUUGCUAGCGUUAGUUAGACACUGCAGGGAAAACAAGGACUAUGAAUAAACAUUAAACAUUGAGCGACUCUGGACAAGCUCACACAAUAGUCUAUCCCUUCUUUUUGUUAUUUUUUGAAAGGACAAAAGCUAGCCGACUGUAGUAGCCUACUGUAACCCGUUUUUCUGCUAACGGCUGAGUCGACAACAUUUUUGAAUGGACAUAAUUUAGCAAUCAUCUUUUGGCUAGCUUAUUUAAUUUGUUUAACUGGUGUCCUACUUUAUUCGCCAGUCAAUGCCUGUCCAUUCCCACGGAAAAGAUAGACCCCCGAAGCUGACGUGAGUCGGUCCUGUGAAAGCCUUGCGAUGAGUCCCAGAUAGCAACACUCCAGCUUCUACCACCCCGUCCCUUCUAGGCCCGGUCUUGCCCCAUUUCUCUUAUCACCCAAAAUGGCCGACCCAUCAGAUCUUGUGUCCGACGGGGCCGUGCCUGACGAGCCGAGUAACCCCUGUCUCCUGGAGAUCGAGAGGAAGUAUGAGAUCAUCCCUGCUGUCAUCUGCUCUAUGUGCUGCCUGUUCGGCAUCAUCUACUGCUUCUUCGGCUACCGCUGCUUCAAGGCGGUCAUGUUCCUAUCGGGCCUGAUGUUCGGCUCGGUCAUCAUCUUCCUGCUGUGCCACAAGGAGCGGGUGCUGGACACCCAGCUGAGCGUGGAGGCCAGUGCGGGCAUCGGCCUGGGCAUCGGCCUGCUCUGCGGUCUCGUCACCAUGCUGGUACGCAGCGUCGGCCUCUUCAUGACAGGCCUGCUGCUGGGCCUGCUGCUCGCUCUCUCCGCCCUGCUGGUCACGCACCAGUUCUACACGCCCACCACUGUCUGGGUGCCCCUCGGAGCUCUGCUGGGCACGGGCAUGCUGUGUGCCGUGCUGACCCUCCAGUGGCAGCGCCUCUUCACCAUCCUCUCCACGGCCGUGUUCGGCGCCGCCAUCAUGACCGUCUGCGCCGACUACUUCGUGGAGAUGCUGGCGCUGGCCACCCACGUGUACGACUGCCUGCGGCUGGAGCCGGCGCCGCCGCCGCUCUGCUGGUACAGCUGGGUCAUCCUGGGCAUCUGGCCCACGCUAAGCCUCAUGGGAGUGCUGGUGCAGUGGAAGCUCACUGCUGAGGGCUUCUCCCAUACGGAAGUCAUCAUCAGCAGGAGGCAGAAGAGAGUGCAGCUCAUGCGCAUCAGGCAGAAGGACGCCAAAAAGCGGCAACAGAGCGGCGGCCAGGAGGGCACAUACCGCCGGAAGCCCACGCCUGUCAAGCGCUACGCCGGAGACUUACUCGCACCGAGCUACUUACAAAGCCUGCGGGAUCGUCAGAUGGGCACAGGGAACUCUCUCAGCAGCCUUGGCACUGGCAACCACACCAUGAUCGACUUUGACUAUGAGACGGGCUCCACCGUGCCCCUCACAGCCACCACGCCCGUUAUCCGCGUCUGAUUGGACAGAAAGGAAGGGGGUUCCUCUGAAGGCCACGCCCCUUCCUUCCUUUGUCCAACACCUGCUCCUCACUUCCCAAGUCUUGACUCACUCUGUCCUGGAAACACCCCUUUACAAAAGAAUAAUAUCACCACAUCAAAAAUGCUGUCUUCAUCAUUGUAGACUGGAAAAAAAGAAAAACGGAUCUGGCUGGUUACCUCUCAGUUACUUCAACACACCAUCUCCGUCAAUUUUGCUGUUAAAUUGGGAACUGAAUGCAAGAUCCACAUCUGGCUCUUUCAGUCCAUCCUCGCCACCGUCAGAAUCCAGACUGUGUGGUCCACUUCCUGAGCUGAGUCAAUGGGAACUAGGACUGACAUUUGCGGUGCAGCUCCCCGGCUUGUUAGCGGCUGACGUGCGCUGUAUCAGUUUGAACCACUCUGUGAACAAACCCGGCCUAUGUUUUUUUAGGCCACAAGAUGCAGCGAGUCUAUGAAAAGAGGUGUGUAUGUAUGUGUGUGUGUGUGUGUGUGUGUGUGUGACAGCGUGUCUGGUUGAGUGAAUGGUUGUAGAGUAGCUGAUUUGUGUCUGUUGGGAGGAUGGGACAUUAAUAUGCACAGGCAUCAUCCUAAAUGCAUUGGAAAUGCAGUGAAAAUAACCACAACCCUUACAUUGAAUUGCCAGAAUGGCACAAAGUGAUGUUUUUGUCUCUCUACACGCCUUGGCCUUCCUUGACAAACAACGAGACUAGUUGUUUUUGGAACUAUUCACGAAGGAAAUGAUGUCUUGGACAUCCGUCAGCUUGAGAGUGUGCUUUUCUUCCCAGAUUUUGGAUUCUUAAAAGCUUGUGCUGGUGCUUGUAUCAGUAAUGAGAAAUGAGCAGUGCGCGGACUGAUGAAGGCGUCCUCGCUAGUGCCCGUUUCAUAGUGUGCGCCUGCAGCCUGUGUCUGUACACACGUGAACAAAUGUGUGAAUUGUAUUUCUUGUUUUGUCCAGUCAUUUAUAUGUGACUGUUAAACUCAGUGAAACACCUUAGAAUAUGAGCGAAGCAGUUACCAUGCGGUCCUCAUUAAUAGAAAACCUCAGGGCUGAGCCUUAGCAGCCAUUUUGUAAAUGCUGAAUCAUUGGUAACAUAGUUAAGGCUGGACAUUUUAAUUAAUGAGACAAACUCUAGCUAGCAUACGCAACAUUAGCUAGCAUGUAUUGUAGGUUUAGCAGGUUUAACAGCUGUAGCAUUAAGACUGAACAAAAUCUCUGUGGAACCAUUAGUUAUUUUGCGUCACUCAUUUCUGCUUGUUGUUAUGUUCUUGCUGCAGUUUUUCAUCAACUAUCAUAGAAAAAAUGAAAGUUAUUGUGUAAUUUAUACAAGUAAUAGUGUUGGGAGAUCUUGUCAGUGAAAAAGAGCUACAGCAUUGGUCUGAAUAUUGUAGAUUACUAAAGCAUGUUGUGUGUUGUUUUUAUUUUAUUUUACUUUAUUCUAUUUUAAUUUGUAUAAAAAAAAUACAUGGACCUUGCUCCCAUAACUGUCCCAAAUCUGUACAGAAAUGUUCAUAGGAAAAGUUAAAGAAAACCCUUUGAUAAAACAA